CUUACGAGUUUCAUGAUAAGAACUGUCAUAAGAUACUGGCGUCGCCGACGAUCUUUGGCCUAUGACGGAGUGACAAGACACUUAAACUCCUACGUCUCGUGAUAUUCCUUUUAUUGUGUGACGCUUGAGGAUAGCAACGGCAUAUUGCUGGCCGCUAUGAGCGGGAAAAAGGGCGCCCGCCUACUCGUCAAGCUUGUCAGCACCGCCAAGACUGGAUUCUUCUACGUUACAGAAAAGAACCCCCGGAAUACUCCUUGGAAGAUCAAGCUCAUGAAGUAUGAUCCAAAAGUUGGGAAGCAUGUCCUAUUUGAGGAGCAAAAGCUGAAAUGAGACUCAAUGGAGGUAGAGGUUGAGUUCACAAGGGUGUUUCGGGCUGGAUUUCUUGGACCUUGCCGAGGGAUGGACAUGGGCGCUGAGAUAUGGCAAGGCGUGGCCGAAUCUUAUAUGUACAUUUACACUGUGACCACAGCGUGCUUCCACCUUAUAACUGGUUUAAAGAUGGGACGUUGAAAAGGGGCCCCUUGAUUGGUAACGGGUGUCGUAUACUGUGCACGCGUGUAACACACAAAUUGGUCCUU